CCCACCGCCGAUGCCCACCACCUCCGACCUGCUGCUCAAGGGUUCGUCGUAGUCGUCACGCCGCUUAUAAAAGCAGAGGAUCUUCUUGGCAUCUCGUCAGUUGCAAAACAACGACGAGCCAAUUCGAAUAGCGCACGAACGCCAUGAACGCCAUGAACGCCAUGAACGCCAAGCUUUUCGUCGUAUUCGCCUUGGUGGCAACAGCCUUGGCCGAAGAGCAAGCUGCAGGGGAUACGAAGAAGGACAAACGAGGUAUCUACGGAUUGGGAUACGGCGGUGGUUACUCUGGUUACUCUGGUUACGGUGGUUACGGUGGUUACAGUGGUUACGCUAGUUAUAAUUUGCCCAUCAGCCACGGAGUUUCCGUGAUAACGAAGGAAGUGGCGGUUCCAGUAGCGCAUCCAGUCCCUGUUGCUGUCGAGAAGCACGUUCCUGUCCCGGUUAAGGUACCAGUGGCCGUGCCUGUCGAUCGUCCAUACGCGGUCCACGUUCCGAAACCGUACCCAGUCGAAGUGACCAAGCACGUUCCAGUGCCGGUCGAUAGGCCAGUCCCUGUUCCAGUCGGCGUUCCAGUCAAAGUUCCGGUGCCAGCUCCGUACGCCGUCAAAGUACCACAACCGUACGCUGUUCCGGUCGUGAAACAGAUUCCAGUAUCGGUCGUGCAGCCUGCGGUGGUGAUUGAGAAGUACAACAACGGCUGGCAAAGCGGCUACCCUUCUGGCUACUCCUCCUGGUAAACGUCCUCCUGUCCUCUCGACGCCCGUUCUUCUCCGUUCGACUCGUUGCAGCUAACCUCCAUCACGUCACUCGCAUCAACGACGUGGUCAAUGUCGUGUUGAAAAUCCAGUGAAAAAAGAACCGAUUCGAAUUCCACUGACUGCCGACUGAGAAAUCACUCACUUACCGCUAGCUAGCUAGCUAGCUAGCGUUCGUUUAUCCCCUUCUGUUUUGAAUCUCGCGAUUUGGUUUGUCCAAAAUCGAUGAGGCGCAGAUCGAUUAUACCGAUCGGACGAUCGGUAGUCCUCGAACAUUGGAUGGACGAAUACGAUUGCUUAUUUUUGUGAUGUUAAACGAUGUAAUCGUUCUGUCGCGAUGUACAUGUAUGUACCUAUAACAAUUAGUCCUUUCUUCCUUCGUGCGUGUGUAAUAAUUCAACGCACGGCGAAAACUAAUAAUUAUUUUGAAAAUAAAAUAAACCUCUUUGUUUCGUACUAAA